AUGAUUCACGAGGGCGGAUGGCAGGCCACCUACGAUACAUGCAAGUGCACAAAGUAUCUAAGGAGUCACAAGAAGAGGAUUUGCUGGAAUAUAUAUUUUAGUUGUCAAGCCGAAGAGCCCUGUUGGUGAGUGUCUGAAAGGCUUGGGUAGCUGAUCUAAGUGACCUGGCUGUUGGCUGUAAUCUGCGCCCCUGAUGUGACCGUCAUCAUCUUCUACCAGACAGUCUUGUUAACAAAGGCUAACUCUCACCUGGACCUCCUUAAACACAGAGGUUUUGACUCUUUUUGCGCACCCUGCUGACUUUUAAUGAUGGGGCUAUAAUGAGCGUUUGAUGUUUGGGGACACAUCUGCACUGACCUGGCCGGCUUUACCCAUCCGUCAGUCCGUCAGACCCUCUCUAAUGGAGUUCCAGUGCCAGCCACAGGUUGAAAAUAAAAUGCAUGCAACUUAACAUGAGGCUUGAUUUAUUGGAUGAAUAAUUUUGUUGGCUGAUGGAAUGGUAAACUUCACUUGCUGGUUUGACAGGUGUUUGUUGCUGACCGCUGACCGGGCCAGUCUUGGAUGACGCAGCUGCACUGACUGGCUGCAGACUGCUCGACGAACGUUAACUCUACAGUUGCUGAUCAACGUACGCUGUGAUGUCUGUCAUAUUUUUUACCUUCAAAUGGAUUAUUUUGUGAACUAUAUAGACAUGCCAGGAUUUGACUUGCUCAACUGAUAUUGUUGUGAUUGUGUGUCUGUUGCUUGGACUAAACUAUACUCUUUGGAAUUUACAUGCACUUGGUUGGAAACCAUAGCAAACCUGUCUUGGAUAUCAGUAUAAGGUGUUCAGCUCCAGCCACACUGGAGAAUUGAUGUGUUCUGUCUGGACCUGAGAACAACAUUUUAAUGCGGAACAAACCUUCAGGUCUCAACUGUGAGAGUGCCUAGGAUUAUAGACCCUUUCUGAUGUGGAUGUAGUUGGAUGUUGAAGCUGAGCACAUUGGACAUACAGAAGCCUCAUGUUUACGUGAAGGAUGAUGUGUAGCGGUCAGUCGAUGCCACAUUGGUGGAGAGUCCUGAUUGCCUUGACCGCACUCCUGGGCCACCUGUCAGGCUUGACCCAAGGUGCAUUACCCAAUCCCAGAAUUGUUGAACAUCCCAAAGAUGGUUACGUAGCCAAGAAUGAGCCAGCUACACUGAACUGUAAAGCAGAAGGAAAUCCCAAGCCUGUUGUAACGUGGUAUCGCAAUGGCCGCAAGGUUGUCACCUCAGAACAGGACCCGUCUUCUCACAGACUUCUGUUGGAUGAUCAGCUCUUCUUCUUACGGAUCAUCCACAACAAGAACAACAAACCAGACAUUGGAGUUUAUUACUGCAAGGCCACCAAUAUCCACGGGUCUGUGGUCAGCAGAAAUGCCACACUGGAGAUAGCAGUACUACGGGAUGAUUUCCGGGAAACCCCACAAAACACAAUGGUGGCUGUUGAUGAGAAAGCCACCUUGAGAUGCCGUCCUCCCAAAGGGGAACCAGAGGCCCAUGUCAGAUGGGUAAAAGAUGGGGAGAAACUGGCGCAAAGCAGCCGAGUGUCAGUGUCCGAACAAGGUGACCUACUCUUUGCUCAGACACAGAAAUCAGACACAGGAAUGUACACAUGUAUCGCCUACAAUAAGGCAGGAGAAAAAGAGAGUAAUCCUGUCAAGCUGUCAGUUUUAGAACGGCCUAAGAUAGUAAAAACCCCAGAAGAUGUUCAGGUAGAUGAGACCAAAGAUGCUGUGUUUAACUGUAAGGCUACGGGUGAUCCCCAACCUACGAUCAUAUGGAGGAAAGAAGAGGGGCAAAUCCCCAGCGGAAGAGCUCGUUUGCUGGAUGAUAAGAGUCUGUUUAUUGAGAAGGCCCAAGUUUCAGAUGAAGGCCUGUACAUCUGCCAGGCUGAAAACUCUGUGGGGUCCACAGAAGCCGUGGCUAGACUCAGCGUACACUCCCACCCAGCCUUUGUGGUGACACCGUCAGACAAAGUGGUGGGCGUGGGGCGGACUCUUACCCUGCAGUGCCAGGUAGAGGGAAAUCCCCCACCGGCUGUCUUCUGGAGUCGGGGCACUGGACAGGAGUUGAUGUUCCCCAAACAAGACCAUGGCAGAUUCUCUGUUGGAGAUGAUGGAACUUUCCGUGUGGAGAACAUCCAGCAUGAGGAUGCUGGGGAAUACCAGUGCCAGGCACUCAGUGUGGCUGGUAGUGCUGUGGCAACUGUUAAAAUAGAAGUCAGAGACUCGGUUGCCUCAAUUCCAGAUCACGAUCCUCGCCCACCACCUCUGAUACAGUAUGGGCCUCAGAACCAGACUUUGCCAGUUAACAGCCUGGCUCUCAUUCCAUGCCAGGCCAGCGGAGACCCUCAGCCAAUCAUACGCUGGUACAAGGACAGCCGACCAAUCGCACUGACUGACCCUCGCAUCACUAUUUUAGACUCUGGCUCUCUUCAGAUAUCUGAUCUGAGAAUUUCUGACUCUGGGAUUUAUGCUUGUAAAGCUAUGAGUGAGACUGGAGAGGCUCUACAGAAGGCAUCUCUCGUUGUUGCUGUUCCCUCCAACCCAUCCACAAUGUUCCAUCGGAUCCCCGACCCUGGCUCAUUUCCCAAUGCUCCGUCCAAACCGAUGGCAGAUGACCAGACGGAGCGGUCAGUUCACUUGAGCUGGAGACGCAGCAGUAGGGAGGGGGCCUCGUCCAUAAAGGGCUAUCGUAUUGAGUAUUUCAGUCCAGAAACAGGGGAGGGCUGGUUGGUGAUACCUGGGAUGAUCACACGAGAUAACUUCAUAGUUCGUCACCUCCGACCGGACACCAGUUACAUAUUUGUGGUGCGUGCAAUCAACUCUCAUGGGAUGGGACCACCCUCACAGCCCUCUGCCAAAAUCCGCACUAAAGACUCCCGUCAUGGCUAUGACCACACCAGGAUUGCCUCCAAACCUAACAUCAAAGGGAUGAGUCGGCCAGAGUUGGAGAAGCGACUCAGUGGAACUGUGGUGGAGGUGACGAAAGCUGACCCAAGGAACUCCUCAGAGAUCGGAAUACAAUGGAGGGUUGUGAAAGGCCAUGAUGUCAUCCAGGGUUUUAAUAUCAGGUAUACCUAUGUGAUUAACCCUAACUUACCUGAGUAUGGCAAGACAAAUGUGGACAAAGUAAACAACCCAGCUGUCAACUUCCAUGUGUUGAAGAACCUGAAGAGUUACGCCUGGUACGAGAUCCGCAUCCAGGCAUUUGCGGGACCAGUCAACUCCCGCUUCAGCGAACCAAUCAGGGUGCAGACCUAUGAAGGAACUCCAUCUGCACCGCCACGUAAUAUCCUGGUACAUAAAGAUGGUGACAGUCGUAUUCAUGUUCGCUGGUCUCCACCAUUACGCGAGGACCAGAAUGGCAUCAUCACAGGAUACCUGAUUUCAUUGUUUGGAAACGAGAGUAAAUAUGACCAAAAUAUAACAACCAAUGCUACAACAUUUGAAAUGGACAUUGACAAACUCCAUCCUGGGGUGCAUUACAGUAUAAAGAUGGCUGCUUUUACAAAGAUAGGCCUGGGUGUAUCCAGUAAACUUUACAGAGCUGAACCAGAGGCAGUAGGCAUAAUGAGGGAGCCUUGGUUUAUCGGCAUGCUCAUAGGCACAAUUGGGGGCACCUUGUGGCUGGCCCUGUGUAUCUUCAGCAUCUGGCUGUGCAGAAAGCGCAAAAGUCGUAAGAAGUUGGUACAAAACAGCAUGUAUAAUGUGCCAGUCCACAAACCUCCAGAGGAGCAUAUCAGAAAUGAUAACAGCAUGUCCAGUAGUGGUUACCAUGACAGAAAAGAUGGCCAUUUCCAAGGUUCUAUGCCACCUGACCUUACUAACUUGUUAGACAAAGAUGCUCAAGAGGAAAAUGUUUACAACACAGCAGGCCUGUUACCUCAUAUGAAAACAUUCUACAACAAACCUAACACAGUUCCCAUACCUGUGGCUCCUUAUGCCAGCACUACAAUUAUCAACACUGGGGGACAGUUUCCAAAACCACUGCCUGGUGAGAGCGUAUUCCGACCAAUCAACCAGGGCUAUAUUCACCAGGGCAGUGGCUCCAGUGACAGUUGUAUUAAGCCAGAUAUUAACAGUAGUGGGUCAAACACUGACAACAGUCGACCCAACACAGGUAUUACCACCAUAUACUCCCUGGCGGAGUACCCCGUUGAGGGUCCAGAUGGGUGUCAUAGCCCUGCAGGAGACAGCAGUGGCUAUACUACAGAUGAAAAUGGCAUGCCUAUAAGGAGAAAAAUGCAUCGAGGGAUGAAGCAGCAGAGUCUAAAACAGCCAGUUGUGAAUUGGGCGGAGCUUCUUCCCCCUCCCCCAGAGCAUCCUCCGCCCCCAAGUGAAAUGGGAACUCCCCCUGACUCGCCUAGCCAUCAGAUGAGGUGUGUGUCACCCCGCAGCCAAAGUGUGAACCGACCUGUGAUGAAUCGCAGUCCACUGUCUCCUGUGUCCAAAUCAUCUCUCCACUCUUAUCCACAAAUGGUUGAUUGGUCGCAAAUACAGCCCAGGACUAUGUCGUACUCGGAUUCAGAGUAUCGCCCUUACUCUCCGGGCUUUCAAGACCCCCGACCUUUUUCACCCAAAACUUUACAAUGUGACCGAAGGACUCCUUUACGUCCCAGCCCGGAUAUGAGGGGCUUCAAUCCCAAAGCUAUGGAGGCUAUCUAUUCUCAAGCUCAAAGACCAGGUGUGGAUUACCGGGGCUACCCUGCCUUUUAUCCGGGUGACCCGGGGCAGAUAGGGCCUGCCCCGCCCAUGAGGGGCACUAAGUUUGGACUCCCUGAGGGAGAGUAUAGAUACAUGAGUGACACGGAGCGGGGUCCGACGCCCCCAAUCAGGUCACAGUGCUCCAGUAUGGUAGGCUCUCAGGACGGCCCUCUCAUGGACCGUGCCUGUCAGUCCUCCCUACCCAGUUUGGCAGGGGAGACCGUCCACUCCUCCUGUUUACCCGCUAGGAUAGAGAUGACGUCAGUGGGUCCUCAGCUCAGUGUGGACUUUGACCACUACUCACGGGGUCCAGACUCACCUGUCUCGGAAUGUGGACCUGAUUACACGGGCUCUAUGUUAGCCACCUGGGCCAGUGUCACUGAUAACAGCAACACUAGCUGCAGUAGUGUCCGUUCCAGUGCAUGCUCAAGUGAUGGCUCUUUUCUCACAGAGGCGGACUUUGCUAGUGCUGUCGCUAAGGCAGCAGAGUUGUCUGGCUUGACGGUGGUUGGCUCAACUGUGUCUGAUCCUAAAGCAGGUAAACGGCACCAUCACCGGCGUCACAGGGCACCCAGACCCACUAGUCCAUACAGCACCGAUAGUAACUUCAGCGCUGUGGUACAUAAACCUUACCCAAAGUCACAACGAAAAAAGCAGUUGCUCGAACAAGGUAACCGGCGUCAGUCAGGCAGUCAUCGUCCCCAGGCAGGUGCUCAGCAAGCUCAUUCACAAGCUUCUCAGUCACAGUCACAGCCAACAACACUCCUGCCAUCAACAGUUGCUGACUUGCCCACAUACCAUCGUCCCAAUUUCCCUUCCCCCUACCAGCCUUCAUCCUGCUUGACUGGUAUGUCCAACACAACAGGCAAACAAUGCGGCCUCAGUCCGUGUUCCUCCUCACUGCUUAAUGGAGCUCACACCCUCCCACAAAUGGAUGCUCAAAUUUGUGCUAAUCCGCUAGCAUUUACAAUGGAAAAUCAUAGCCCAGCAGUGUAAGCACCAAAUAGAGGUGGUACUUGUUAUGGAUUUCCAAUCACAGAUGGACCACUGGAGCGAAACAGACAUCCACAGAAGGAAAGAGGAAAUAGACUUACAGCCCUUGGUUCCAACUGCAUCAAGCAUAGUCUCUGUGUAAAUGCUUGGGCACAUUGCCUCUUGAGAAGGUUUGUUUAUUCUCCACAAAGAGGGCUGUACAUGAAUGAAGUUACAGUUGGAACUCUGUCAGUUUGAAGGGAAUACUUGUACUUAUGUGUACUUAUGUGUAGUGUUUCUGAAUGAACCAAAUGCUGGAGAAGCCAUUCCGUGGAACCAUAGUCUGGAUGGCUACAUUUAAGUUAUCAGCUUUAAAGAACCUUGACCUAGAAAGACUGGUCUGUGGAACCGUAGGUUGGACACAGCUCAAAGGAGUCUUGGGAAACAGAAACCAUUCUGUAGAGCCAUAGUCUGGAUGGACUGCAUGUGUGUCACAGCUUUGAGGAACCCCAAAUUGGAGAAACUGCUCUGUGAAACGGUGGCAUGGACACAGCUCCAAGGAACCCCAGGAGAGAGAAACUAAUCUGUAGAAAUACAUGUAUAGUCCAAGGAAACAGUGGAAGGCACAAGAAACCAUUCUCUGGAAUCAUAUACUGGAGGAAACUGAAGUAUUGCUGACUGGUUAUUCUGAUUGCCAUAUCUGCUUGCCAUUACCCAACCUCUGAGUUCAGUCUGUAUCCAGUCUAGCACACAAGCAAGAACUGAGGACAAACCUCACAGCUGACCCAUUGGACAGUUUAGUGUCCCAAGGGACUGUACAAGGGAAUUACUCAUCUGACGAAUUUCCAAAGUGCGAGGACUCAGUGACUACUCUGCUCAUCUCUUCAUGUGUAAAUAUGCUGACAUGUACAGUACAUGUACAUGUAUCUAUGAGGACCACUAUAUUACCUGUACAAAGUGACUGGCGAUCAAUGCUGUCAGAGACAGUUCUCUGCC